AUCGUGUCGAUAAAAAUGUCAAACAGAUCACAUCGUAAUUAACGGAAAACAAUGAUAAUGGGUGCCAAUUAGUGUUGAUUUAAUUCGAACGUCGAAGAACGAUGAUGAAUUUUAAAAACGGAAAAAUAUUGUGCGUGAUUUUUUAAAACGUAGUGAGUGACUUAUUUAAUGCACCUUUUCAUAACAUAAAUCUGUGCACGUAAAAUGAUAAUUCUGCUUCUGAUCGGUUUGCUGACGUUGACGCGAAGCACCCAAGAAGCGGAAUGCGACAAAAACAUCGACUUCCACAAUGAUCACGGCUACGGCUACGACAUCAGUUGCAAAUCCUUAACGGAUGCCAACAAAGACGUACUGGAAGACAUCGUAAUUAAUAAUGAAUUCUCAGUUAUGAUUUCCAGCAGUACCAUCAACAACGCCUCACCGAAAUUGUUCCAUAACGUGCUGAACAUCAAAAAGUUAACCAUUGACAACUCUACUUUUAAGAUUCCCGAUAAUCAACCUAUAUUUGAAAAACUGGGUUCGUUGUUGGAUUUAAAAAUAUUGAGGACAAACUUCAAGGCGUUCAAGAAUGUGUUUCGUGGUAUGGACAAUUUGGAGGAGUUGGAACUGGAUGAAAACGAUUUGGAAUAUAUUCCUGAGGGCACGUUUGAAAAUAUUCAGCAUUUGCAAAUGUUGAAAAUCACCAACAAUAAACUUAAACAUAUGAGGGAUAUACCGAUAUGUGAAACGAAAAAGUUGAAGAUGCUCAAUUUGGAGCACAACAUGAUAUCCACGUUGUCCAACUUUAAAUUCAGCUGCAACAAACACAGAGAUUCGAUAGGUUUGAGCUUGAACGAUGACAUGUUGAAUGUAGGCAUACAAGAUAAUUCAUAUUUGAAUACGUCAGAAACAUUUACCAAUUUGAUUAUGCUUAACUUGAAACAUAACAGCAUCACGGAUAUAGGACUCUCAUUGGCAGAUUUAAAGGGUUUGAAGAUUAUUGAUUUGGAAGGGAACAAUCUGAAGACGAUUAGAUUGGCACAGUUUGAUGGACUAGAUAGUUUGGAGAAAAUUAAUUUAAGAAAUAACAAAAUUAAGAUGAUCGACGAUGCGGUGUUUCUGAAGAAGCCUUACCUCUAUAACUUGAAUUUGGAAGGUAAUUUAAUAACCAAAAUUAACUUAAACAGUACUACAACACUAAGACACCUUAAUUUAGCCCACAACAAAUUAGUUUUAACCAGUUUAAGUAUUUUAAAUAAUUUAAAGGGAUUGAAAGAAUUGGUGAUAAGCAACAAUCAAAUAUCGGAGAUAAUACCUAACGAAUUUAGAAAUUUUACGUCCUUGGAAAUCCUAGACGUAUCAUCAAACAAUUUAACUCUACACAACGAAUCUUUUAAUGACCUGAAAAGUCUCCAGAACCUUAUAAUCAGCAACAACAAUAUAAAACGCCUUCCUUCAGGCGUGUUCGCGACGACCUUGGAACUGAAAACUCUCGACAUAUCGCACAAUCAAUUCGAGGUCUUGCCCACCGAUGUAUUUUACAGUUUAAUCAACCUAGAAUCGCUCAACAUGAGUUACAACAGACUAGAAAAUUUGCAGUUCAUUUUAUUCAAGCCGUUAAAGAAACUCAACUUAUUGGACAUAGCAGGAAAUAGACUGAAAUAUAUUCAGUAUGACUUAAUAAUAAACAAUCUACCUUCACUUUCUGUUAUUAAUGUAAAGCAUAAUUGGCUCUCGUGCCAAUUUUUAUACAAAAUGAUCACUUUCCUGAAAGACAAAAGUAUCAGUUACACUAUUAACGAAAAAUUUGAAUACGAAAAGGAAAACGUCGAGGGCAUUUAUUGUAAAGAGGGACACAAUGAAGAAAACAUAAUUGCAAAUCAUUUGGUGGGCGACGAAAACGCUUCGGUUUCUUCGUGGGCCAUUUUUUUGAUGGUGCUUGCGGGUGUCUUCGCUUCCACGUUUGCAAUUUACAAGGCGGUACUUAUUUAUAGGAGAAGAAGGUACACCGUUGAUCAAUUCGAACUUAUUGAAGGAUAACAAUAAAUUUGUAACCUUUAUGUUGCAAUUUGACAAUAUAAAAUUUUGUAUAUAGUUCCUUAAUGUUACUUUUUAUUUAUUAAUACUCUCAUUAAAUGUUUAUGAUUUUGAAAACAAACCCAUGCAAAUAAAUUAUUUUUGUUUGAAUCAGUAUGUAAAUUAAUAAUUAAAAAAAUAUAUUAUUUGGAAUGUUG